AUGUCUGACAGGCUUAGGUCCCGCAAGUAUCGACCUCAGAUUCUCAAAGGGACACCUUUCAUAAAGCCCCAGAGGGUCGAAUUGGCUCAGCUACGCUGCCCAAACCCACCUGGGGAAACCCUUUUGCUCCGAAAAAGCAGUCUGUUGAAGCACUCAUUGGGCAUUUCGAGACAGUUAAAAGACCGACUCAGCAGAGCACCCACAGCUCCAUCCGAACACGCCCUUACGAGUCCGUCGCCAUCCUUGCGUGAACGAUAUUCGAGCGCGCUCAAAUCACAAAAGCAGACUUCUCCCGGCUAUCGCCCUGACAAAGCCGUCCGCGGACGGGGUCUCCGAGAAGAAGAAAUCCACUUCAUUGAGCAAGCGCUUAAGAGAAGGCUCUCUGAUAGCUCGCUAGACCCAAGAGCCUCUCAUAGAUCACCCGAAUGCUACCCAGCAACGGACCGGCCACGAAUUCAGGUAAAGGCAUCUGCACGGUCUAUAUCGAUAAUUAUUCCAGAAGGCGUCAAGCUUCCGGUUGUUGCCACCAUCGAAUCUGCGGGGUCGUUUGAGUUUGAGACUCAGAUGUCGACUUCGAAUGAUAGAGAAGCAAGCAAGUCAAGCAGUACUGCCGGCUUUGAUCCAAAUACGCGGGAAAUGAGCCGUCGGCAGGAAACCUUGUCAGAACAGACAACCACUGAAGCAAUCCGAGCCAGUGAGAAUCAGGAGAUAAUAGCAGGAUUGGGGCUGCCCUUCCUCGCAAGAGUCAGCAAAGGCCGCUUGAACGUUUCAGAGGCAUCAAUCUCUGCGCCCCAAAGCGCCGACGUAUCAGCUUCAGGACAAGUCUUUAUUCCUCCUCACGAACGCUCUCCCGAAGAGGUUCCCGACCCUCUUCAUCACCAUUCCAGAGAAGCAGAAGUAAAGCCGAGAGGUGAUCAUGAGACAUCUGAGCCGCUCAAAGAGCCUCGAGAAGUCUUGAGCUCUCAAGCCAUAACCGAACCAGCUCUCGACCCCGCUGGUCCUGCAGAUACCGCUUCUCCCGAAAGUGAACGUGAGCUUAAAGCUGAGGAAGCAGAUCCGAGCUCUGAAGAGCCUGCUUCAACCUCCGUGACCAAAUCAGAGAACCCGUUUGAUCCUGUUGCGGCGAUUUCCUCUGAAGUCGAUGACCCCAGACCGUUCUCGAUCCCAGAAAUCAGAAUACACAGACCCAGCGGCACAGUCAUGUCUGAUUCACCAGGGGCGGCGGACACGAACAGUUCGAGUAUGUCGCCCACAACUGUACAGACAGCAAAGGAACAAAGUCCGACUACUACACCGCUCAAAGCUGUAUCAAAUCCUAUUACGGCUGUCCUGGAGCUCAGCCCGCUUCCCGUGGAUCCUACAUCAGCCACGAAUGCAGUACCCAUUGAUGCAGUGGCCUCAACCCUCCCAGUUUCGGUAUCUGUCUUACCAGUAGCAGGCAAGAUCGGCAAAAGAAAGAGGGUCAUCCAGAAAGCGCGCCGAGUCAUUGUCAGAAAGCAUCUGCUUGCGAUCAUUUUGGGCCGGGACUUGGCCAGCGUGGUCCACCCUCAGCUCAACGCGGCCGGGAAACCUGUGCCUGACGUUCCUUUGCCUCUAGAUGGCGCGAGUGACCUGAUCCGCAACUAUGGGAGAAGGAAUAGGUGCAAGAGAGCUACCCAACAAGAACGGCUCAAUCAGAAGAUCGCAGGCGCCAGAUUUCAUGUGGGGGUGGAGGACAUUCAGAGGUGCUCAUCGUGUCGUGGACUGAAAGGGACGUUCAAUUUACGAAGGUAUGACCGCUUGCAGCUCCAGCGGACCAGGCCUACCGUGGGCGUGAUUGAAAGACAUGCGCGCAGCAGAGCUCAAGUCGCAGCAUUCAAGUGCCAAUGUUCAAAUCCGUUGCUUGGAGCUGGCGGCCAGAGGGCGGCCACAGACUCUGCGCUACCGACGGCUCCAGAGCAUCUGCAAGCUCAUGGCAUCAAUGGGCAUCCUUUGCCUGGAGCCGUAGGAGACACACAGCGCUGA